AAGAAUUGCUGGCAGAUCUAAAGUUAGCCCUAGAGGGAUUUACGGUCAGCCACAUGGCCAAGCAACCAUCGCCUUAUCUAAUUUCCAGGGUCCUGUUUCAGUUGGUGGAUCUCACGCACGCACAGUCAUGUACACAAGCUAGCAAUUUCAACCAGCGUCAAUGUCAAGCUGCACGUACUUCCGUGCGCCAGUGGAUCGACGCAGGGCAACGGAAGCCAAAAUCCACGUCGUUGGAAACUUCAAGGGAUCCUCUUAGGUCUUGGAGAGUGGGCUCGCCCUAAAUCUAUAUGUAAGUCAGUAGCUUGGGCAGCUUGGGGUUCACUAUCUGCGAGGCUCCGGAGAGAUGCAUGAUUCCAUGCAGCUUUGUAUUAUCUUCGUCCUGUUCCAUGCCCCUCCCUCCCAAUCUCCCGCGCAUCGAGGAGCACAUGAAUCUCGUGCUAUCGUUGCUGUCGGGUUGAUUCCCAACGGAGUGGCUUAUUGUGGAUAGCGUAACGAGGUGACGGCAUGCUGUGAGAGAGAGCCUCAAUGCUCACUGCAAUGCUGUGCCAUGCCCAUGCUAUGCAUUGCAUUCAUCCAUCCAUCCAUCCAUCAUCCAUCCAUCCGCGAUAAUUAGACGUAGCCUCUAGGUAUGGCACGUGAAAUCGUAUCAACUCCAUUCCAAAUCAGACUGGUGAAUACACCUGGUAUUCGUGGAAUAACCACCUUCCAGGUCUGCAGCGCGCGGUUCGAAGGCAAGACAAUUCGAAACACGGCCGUGAUCAAAUGCAUCAAUACAUUACUACGACGACGUUUAACUACCGUAUGUAACUAAAACAUCCUAGUCAGCUUUACUUGGUCACGAAUAGCUAUCCUAUCCGGUAACACUACGGAUACUCAAAUCCAGUCCGUCUAGGACAGAAAGUUAAUCCAAAUUGAUGGUGUCACCCUCUCGGGAAAAACCC